UAGUUUCACACUACUGCUAGAACUUUCCGAGCGUAGGCAACGAAAACUGAACGUAACCAGCGAUUUUAUUCAAGGGUUCUCUGUUUUAAGGGCCAUAGUCUUUGCAUGUGAGGGGCUCACAAAUCACAGUCCUAUGGACAAUUUAAAGAAAACAUGGAGCAUUUUGAUAACACUUUAGUGACUAUGGCGAGAUGAUGGAUCGCUGGCCGUAUACAGUAUAAAUUGUUGUUGACGCGACCUACUGUAUCGUCAUUUAUUUAACUUGGCUUACAACAGCACAUCUUGGCACUAAGUUAACUAACCCCCCUUGCAGAUAGAAUGUUUGGAUGUCUCGUCGCAGGCAGGCUGGUCCAAACAGAUGCCCAACAAGUGGCCAAUGACAAGUUUAUUUUCAACUUACCUGAUUAUGAAAACGUCAACCAUGUCGUAGUCUUCAUGCUGGGUACAGUGCCUUUUCCCACCGGCAUGGGUGGUGCCGUGUACUUCUCUUUCCCUGACCCAAACUGCGGGCAGGUGUGGCAGCUGCUAGGUUUUAUAACAAACGAGAAGCCCAGUGCCAUAUUCAAAAUAUCAGGUCUUAAAGCGGGCGAAGGUGGAGUCCAUCCUUUCGGGGUGAUGCCAGCGCAGGCACCUUCAGUAGCGCAGGUUGGGGUGUCAGUAGAGACAUUGGAUCAGCUCGCCCAACAAACUCCAGCAGCCGCUUCAGCAGUGUCAACCCUGGACACUUUCACCCAGUUCACCCAGAAGAUGCUGGAAAGCUUAUACAAUUUUACUUCAUCCUUUGCCAUGACUCAAGCUCAGAUGACACCAAACCCAUCAGAGAUGUUUAUUCCUGCAAGUUCUAUUCUAAAAUGGUAUGAAAAUUUUCAGAGACGAUUGCAGCAGAACCCCUACUUCUGGAAGACAUGAAAUAUUUGCAAGAACCACUACAAUCUGCAUCAUGAUUUUCCAUGUGCCAAGAGACAGCACAUUUAUGUAACAUGAGUACUAAUGUGUGAUCGCAAAUUGAUACUUUUCUAUUGAUGGUUUCAUUAAACAGAAGCACUCCUCUUGU